GCCAGAAGGCAAUGACUGAAGCCAGCAGGCAACUCGUGUUGGUGUGCAAGUAACAUUUGGCGUCAAUUGGAGUCAAGCCUCACAAAUGUCAGGUGACAGCACAGACUUCAAAAACUUAGAAGUAGUUUGUGGGUGUGGUGGGUGUCCGACAAGCGAGUUCUGCGUGUAGAAGCACACAGAAUCAAGAUUUGGAGAUAUUUGGUGCAAGAAUACUUCUAAGCAGUGCAUAAUAAGGAGUGUUACUACUCUACGUGUGUUACUGUCGAGUCUAUGGAAGACGGGAGCAAUGGACGUGAUUUGGUACUGCGAAUUUCGGUACUCUAUUUAUUGGGAGCUUCCAUCCUUUUGGACGUACCAGCUGUGCAAGGUAAAUAUGUAGAGCUGGGGGUACCUGGUUCUUUACAUCGAAGGUCAUCUCCUAGUUUCACAUUCGUAAAUGGACAACCAUCAACCACGGCAAUGUCUAACUUGCCAUUUUGUGUGACAAGAUAUGCAAGAGGAUUCAUUCGCUUAGAGAAAACGGAUGGCAGUUUGGUUUUGGGAGAAAAAUCGGACUACCUAGAUCUACGCCAAUAUCCAGUAGUAUUUGUGAACACAGAUGAGCAUCCCAUACUAAACCUGACACACAAUGGAACAUACCAUUGUAGAUCCGAUCGUGACACGUCCCGCGUUGACUAUCACCUACGCAUUACGGCUGUCACGCAUUGCGCGAGUUUGAUCAGCAGCACAAUUCACGACAUCCCCAGAAGUCCAAUUGGAACUAACGUUACUGUCUUGUGCCGUGAUGGCUAUGAUUAUGUGUGCGGACAUGAUGAGAUACAAUGUUUGGCAGGAGGAACAUGGAGUACGCAACCAACUUGUUCUGCUGUCACGCAUUGCGCGAGUUUGAUCAGCAGCACAAUUCACGACAUCCCCAGAAGUCCAAUUGGAACUAACGUUACUGUCCUGUGCGGAGAUGGCUAUGAUUAUGUAGAUGGCCUUGAUGAGAUACAAUGUUUGGCAGGAGGAACAUGGAGUACGCAACCAACUUGUUCUGUCAGGCACUGUGGGAAACAAAGCAGCGCAACAAUCCACGACAUCCCAAGAAGUCCUGUCGGAACUAACGUUACAGUCUUGUGCCGUGCUGGAUAUGGUCACACCAGUGGACAAGAUCACGUUCAAUGUUUGGCUGGAGGAAAUUGGAGUGCGAUGCCAACUUGUACGGUCAGGCACUGUGGGAAACAGAGCAGCGCAACAAUCCACGACAUCCCAAGAAGUCCUGUCGGAACUAACGUUACAGUCUUGUGCCGUGCUGGAUAUGGUCACACCAGUGGACAAGAUCACGUUCAAUGUUUGGCUGGAGGAAAUUGGAGUGCGAUGCCAACUUGUACGGCGACUCACUGUAAAGCUUUAAAUCAGUCAACGGUCAGUGACAUUGCCGGGUUAGCAAUUGGAGAGACUGCCACGGUGGUGUGCCGUAGUGGAUAUGAUAAUAUGGUUGGGGCGAGCACUCUUCAAUGUAUGCCAGGUGGAAAGUGGAGUUCACUGCCGUUAUGCGUGGACAUAAAUGAAUGUUUAAUGGAAGAGAAGGUUUGUGUUAACAACUGUACGAAUCUCACCCCAGGAUUCAUGUGCACGUGUUCCAAUGGAAGUGUCGGUUGCUUUGGGCAUAACAUGGCACAGACCAGUUUUCCAUCGUCACCCAUAACCUUGGGAAUUUGGAUUGGAAUGGUAGUGGCCAGCUUGGUACUAGGCGCACUGAUUGCCGCUGUACUCGCGAGAUGUCUGCAUGUCCGCUGCCUUGCCCAACUGAACUCUAAAACGUCCGAAGUCAAUUGUCCGGGCACCUCACAGGGUGAUCUGGCUAUGGCCUUUGGUGAUGCACAUGUGGCUGAAACGACCAUGACUUUCAGCGACGCGUAUGGAGUCGCCGUCCACACUGACGAACAUAACUAUGAUUAUGUGAGGCCAUGAAUCAGGAACGUUGCACAUACAUUUGCUUUUUGUUUGUAAUGUUUCUUAAUGUGCAAAGGAGUACUGAUUAUACAGAUACUGAAGUAGUCCCACACAAGGUGUGAAUGCAGUAUGACACAUGCCUGACUACCUCAAAUUUUGGCCAUUUUCUGGCACUUUUGCUGCAGUAAUCAAUCAUGAAUGUGUACGUCAUAAAUUGUGUUAUCAGUUUUACCCACUGCAUUCCCCAUUAGGUCAUUUGUAUGCUCUACAGGUGGACCGGCCACCUUAGGUGGCCUCUCUGUUUUUUUAUUGCUCAGUAACCCUUGGUACAUAACCCUCGAGAGUUCGGCAGGUUCUGUUUCAGAAACACGCGUGGAAGUUUGCGUUCAUUCCACUCAUUUUUGGAAUCUAAAACACACAUGCGUCAAUUUUACAAUUGAAACAAUUUGUAUCACAUGCUGUAUAUUUCCAUGCUGUUUACAUUACUUCACCAUGGCUCUCCUCACGUCACGAGGUGAGAACAGCAUUGCUGAUUUUGCGGUUGAAAGAAAUGCUAGUCGCUUAAGGCUCCUGUAAUCAUUCAUUAUAUUCUCCAAACCAUGUCCGGUACUGCGAGUACAUCUUCAAACCUCCAUUUCCAGGAUAAUAAUGUUUUUUGCUGAAAUGGUUCUUCAUCUAGUUUGUGACUACGUGCGUUUUCAUGAUUCAACCUGCUGAACACAAUACUUAUUUUUUAACGUUUGUACUUGGUCCGCCCAGUUAAAAUUGGCGCUUAUCUUCACACUUGUCUCAGGAAAGAAAUACGAAUAUUUGAAGCAAACCACGAUCACA